AUGGGUGCCCUCUUUAGUCGUCACAAAUCUCGUGUAACAGAGCACGAUAAGGCUGUCCUACAGCUGAAACAACAACGUGACGAGUUGAAGCGCUAUUCUCGUAGGAUAAGUGAUUCUAUUGAAAAGGACACUGCUACUAUUAAGGAGCUCGUUUCCCGCAAGCAAAAACAACGGGCGCUGCUGCUACUUAAGAAGAAGAAAUAUCAAGAAAAGCUGCUCGAACAGUCAGAACACCAUUUAACUACUGUCGAGGGCCUCAUAAAUGACCUAGAGUUUGCUCAGGUUCAGGUGCAGGUUGUGGAAAGCUUGAAGAAGGGCAAUGAGGCGCUGAAGAAACUUAACGACCUUAUGAAAUUGGAAGAUGUUGAAAGAAUUCUCAGCGAUGCUCAAGAAGCUCAAGAUUACCAGUCUGAAUUGAGUGCUUUGAUAGCCGGCAACCUGACUUCUCGUGAUGACGCUGAAGUCGAGGCGGAAUUAGAGCGUUUGCUGGCUAGCGACGUCGCUGGUGAUCUUCCAGCUGUGCCAGACCAUGAACUUCCUCAUCCCUCGGCGUCCUCCGCUAAUGCCGCGAGGGCUCAGAAAUUGCGGAGUUCAGCUGAUCAGCAUAACACUCGCAAGGCGGAGUUAGUGGCCGGUUAA